CGGCAUACUGUCACCUGUCAUCACACGGCGCGAAAUAGUGAAUUGUUAUUGUUAUUCAUUGAUAAUUUUUUUAAUUUUUAUUGCUCUCAAGAUAAUGGAGGGCUUUCUAAAAUCAGGGAAAUUAGGCGAAAAUCCGGAAAAAACUAUGAUUAUCAUGAAAUCAAAAACCAAAAAGCCAAAACCGGUACAUUGGGUAGAAAAAUACAGACCCAAAACGAUCUCUGAUGUAGUAGAACAAACCGAAGCAGUCAACGUACUUGAGCAGUGCCUAACUGGAGCUGAUCUACCUAAUCUUCUAUUUUACGGGCCCCCAGGUUCCGGUAAAACAAGUACAAUUCUAGCAGCUGCUAGACAACUCUUCGGCGAUAUGUACAAAGAUAGAAUCCUCGAAUUGAACGCGUCUGAUGAAAGGGGAAUACAAGUUAUAAGAGAUAAAGUUAAAAAUUUUUCUCAAUUAACAGCUAGCGGUGUCAGACCAGACGGUAAGCCAUGUCCUCCGUUUAAAAUUAUAAUUCUUGAUGAAGCCGAUUCAAUGACUCAUGCAGCGCAAGCUGCGUUACGUAGAACUAUCGAAAAAGAAACUAAAACUACUAGAUUUUGUUUAAUUUGUAAUUAUAUAUCGAGAAUUAUCGAACCGUUAACUUCUAGAUGUACAAAAUUCAGAUUUAAACCAUUAAAUGAGUAUUUAAUAAUUGAAAGACUGUCAUUCAUUUGCGAUAAAGAAGGAGUUAAAUGCGAUGAUGCAACUUUAAACGCUCUUGUAGAAACCAGCAAUGGAGAUAUGCGUAGAGCCAUUACAUGCUUACAGAGUUGCGCGAAAUUAAAUGGACCAAACAGAAAAAUUACUAUAGAAAGUGUAUUAGACGUCACAGGCGUUGUUCCGAAUAUUUGGCUCUUCAACUUCUUAAAAGUUUGUAAGAAAUUGAAUCUGUCAAAAUUGCAAUGUUUUAUAGAAAAAAUUAUGUUUGAAGCCUAUUCGGGAUCGCAAAUAUUGGAUCAGCUGAAUGAAGUGAUUGUUAACAGUGAUGAUUUUAAUGAUAAGCAGAAAGCUGUGAUUGGGGCCAAGCUUGGAGAGGUCAGUUUCCGUUUGCUGGAAGGAGGGUCUGAAUUUAUUCAUUUACUGGAUUUGGGGACUACUGUUAUGAAAGCUUAUGCGAUAGCAUAAAAUGUAUUUGUUCAAUUGUAUAUCGUUUUUUUUUAGUUAAAUAUAUUUUAAUAACAAUA